CCUGGGAUGGUGGGAGUGUCCCCUGGGACGGUGGGAUCAUCCUUUGGGAUCGUGGGAGCAUCCCUUGGGGUUGUGGGAUCAUCCCCUGGGAUCGGGUCAGCGCCGCCAAGAGCCACGAGUUCAGCCGGGAGCCCAGCCUCAACUGGGUGGUGAACUCCGUGAACUGCAGCCUGUUCUCGGCCGUGCGGGAGGAUUUCAAGGCGCUGAAGCCGCUGCUCUGGGACGCGGUGGACGAGGAGAUCUGUCUGUCCGAGUGUGACAUCUACAGGUACCGACCCUUCCUGUACAUCUGUCUGUCCGAGUGUGACAUCUACAGGUACCGACCCUGCCCUUCC